UUGUCCGCUCGCUAAAGUUUCCCCCGCAUCAAAGGGUCUGCAGUCAACUAUCGCAGUUUUGUGAAGCUUAGACAUAACAUCAAAUAUAAUAAAAAUGCCGUGUGGUAAAAACUUUAGGAGAAGAAGGGAUUCUUCAGAUGUAGAGGAGGAUGAGACAACUGAAGAAGUCAGAUCUAAAGUAGAAGAGGCUAAAGAGCUUCAGAGUUUGCGCAGGCGACAGAACGGAGUCAGUGUGACUGCAUUGUUGGUUGGAGAGAAACUGCCACCAGAGGCUGACAUUUUUGAUGACCCAUUUAAAUUGAAGACUGGAGGGGUUGUAGACAUGAAGAAAGUCAAAGACAGAAAUAGGGACAUGACAGAAGAUGAGACAGACCUCAACUUGGGCACCUCCUUCUCUGCUGAAACCAACAGAAGAGAUGAGGAUGCUGACAUGAUGAAAUAUAUUGAGACAGAGCUGAAAAAGAAAAAGGGCUUGGUGGAGGCAGAGGAGCAAAAAGUUAAAGUGAAGAAUGCAGAGGACCAUCUGUACGAGCUGCCCGAGAACAUCCGAGUGAACUCUGCUAAAAAGACAGAGGAAAUGUUAUCCAAUCAGAUGCUGAGCGGUAUCCCCGAAGUGGACCUGGGCAUUGAUGCAAAGAUAAAGAACAUUAUACAGACCGAGGAGGCAAAAGCUAACCUUCUGGCAGAACAAAGGAACAAGAAAAAAGACCAUGGCACAUCAUUUGUACCAACAAACAUUGCUGUGAACUACGUCCAACACAAUCGCUUCUAUCAUGAGGAUGUGAAUGCACCACAGAGGCACCACAGACACAGAGAAGAACCAAAAGCAAGACCUCUGCGUGUGGGUGAUACUGAGAAACCAGGUCCAGAGGCAACGUCACCACCCAACUACCGCAAACGCCCCAACAACGAAAAGGCCACCGAUGAUUACCACUAUGAGAAAUUCAAGAAGAUGAAUCGCAGAUAUUAAAAAGAAGUGACUAGCUUUCCCAAAUGACUAUUUGAACUCCUGAGGUGUUGUUGUACUUUGUAUAUAUUAUAUUGACCUUUCUGUGUUUACUUGUGUUCAGUACAUUUGCCUUUGUCAAUUGAUAAUUUAACCUAAUUGUAGAUCAUACCAUACCAUCAUACUUAGAAUUGUCAAGCAAAUUUCACCACAAAACAUUUAAGGAAUACAAAGAAACAUUAGAGUAUCUUAUUGAGUGGUUUUUCUGCUAUGAACUGUAGCUUUUUAGUUUAAGUGUGGCUUUUGGGUUCAAGACCUCAAACAGUUUUAAUAAAAAGACAUACAAUACUGA